AUGUUGAAAACUGCAGCCACCUUUCAACUGCUGUGCAACUUCCAACUUUUAUCAUUUGAGUCGAAGGCAUCUGCCUAUGAGUUCUAUCACUCACUAGUUCGUCUGACAGAUAAUACAGACUGUUACAAUGUGUUCUUACAAAUGGUUCAUGAGUGGCAACAUCUUAAGAUUGUGAAACACUUUGGUCAUGGACAUGAAGUGAGCGGCAUUGAUGGCACAUCGCAAGGUGAAUGUGUCGUUAUCUGUCCAGCUUGUCCCCAGCCUGGUAAGGAUUUGCACGAUGGCUGGGCACUUGCAACAAAAGCGAACUGGUAA